AUGCGUCUCUCCGCCGUCCUACUGAUCGUUUCCGCCGCCUUCCUCGCUAGCAGCUACGCACUGUCAGCUGAGGCUGGCGCUGAACACCGACUCAUGCGGAUCCACAAGCGUCACCACGCUGCUGCCGAAUACAAAGAAGAGCGCGGUUGGUUCGACAGGCUGCCGGAACGGUUUAAGCGGAUGAAGAAUCAACACGCUUAUCGGGAGCAAAUGUUCUCCAGCUGGAAAAUUGGCAUGGGAACUGUCGACGAGGCUGUCUCGUUCAUGAAAGGACAAGGUCUCGGUGAGAAAGCUAUCGCGCACUUUAAACAGACGUAUCAGAACUUCCUCGCUGGUAGAAGCCAUUAG